AUGGCCGCCAAGACCGACGCCAACUGCAUCUUUUGCAAGAUCAUCGCGGGCCAGAUCCCGUCGCUCAAGCUGUACGACUCGGAGAAGACAUACGCUUUCCUUGAUAUUGGACCCAUCUCGGAAGGCCACGCCCUCGUCAUUCCCAAGCACCACGGCGCCAAGCUGCACGACAUCCCAGAUGAGCACCUCACCGAGCUGCUUCCCGUCGCCAAGAAGAUUGCCAUCGCUACCGGCGCAGAGCAGUACAACAUCCUGCAGAACAACGGCCGCAUGGCUCACCAGAUGGUCGACCACGUUCACUUCCACGUCAUUCCCAAGCCAGACGAGAAGCAGGGUCUUGGCGUCGGCUGGCCCGGCACACAGCCCGCCAAGGAGGAGUUGGCCAAGAUUCACGAGCGCAUCAAGGGCCGUCUCGAAAAGCUUUGA